AUGUCAAUUUUAGUUACUGGUGCCUCGGGCAAAUUUGGUACAAUUUCUAUUAAUUUAUUAUUAGAAAAAGGAGUAGAAAAAAAUAAAAUAAUAGCCCUUGGUAGAGACGAAUCAAAACUUGAACAAUUUAAAGAAAAGGGUAUCCAAACUAGAAAAGCAGAUUAUAACAACUACGAAGAACUAUUGUCAGCUUUUAAAGGUGUAGAAAAACUCUUAUUUGUUUCCUCAAAUGAAGUUGAAAUUCGUACAAAACAACACCAAGAUGUAGUAAAAGCCGCUAAAGAAGCAGGAGUUAAAUAUAUAGCAUAUACAAGUAUGAUAAGAAAAACUGGGGAUGGCUCCUCACCAGUAGCUUUUGUAGAAACCGCCCACAUCGAAACAGAAAAGUUCAUCAAGGAAUCUGGAAUUCCAUAUGCAAUUCUAAAGAAUGCUCUCUAUACUGACACUUUAACAGAAUACUUUUUUGGUCCGGAUACACUUACAAAUGGUAUCUUUUUCCCACUUGAACAAGGCUCCUCAAACUAUGCGACCAGAAGAGAUUUAGCUGAAGCCACUAUUAAUGUAAUUUUAUCAAGUGACCAACAUCAAAAUAAAGAAUAUACUUUAACUGGUAGAGAUUCUCCUACUUUAAACGAUGCUAUCAAAGUGCUCUCUGAAAUUGCCGGUAAAGAAUUGCCCUAUGUUAGUCCAGAUAUUGACACCUACAAAAAAACUGUUGCUGGUUUUGGAACUCCAACACAUUAUAUUAAUUUUUUAGUUGCCUUUGCUCUUGCUAUUAAAGCAGGUGAGUUUUCCACUGACCAAUCUGACCUACCCAAACUUUUAGGUAAAGAACAACAAUCUUUAGAGAACUAUUUAAUCGAAUUUUAUAAAAAAAAUUAA